AUGAAGUUUUCUGCUCUGCAAGUGUUGGUGAGAAGAGACAGAGGAACGGGUUUGCUGCUGAGAUAUGCAAUACCGAAAAUGGCGGUGUUGAACAGAGCAAUGCAAGAGUUUCCAAUGAUAAUGGAUGUGCAGAAAGUGGAGAAGAACGACUUUGAUAAGGUUAGGGAAGACACAAACUUUGAAGUUGGGCAGACGUGGGCUUUGUAUGACACAGCGACGGAUGGGAUGCCUAGAUUGUAUGCUCAAGUCAGAAAAGUUUCAGCUCCUUGUUUCAGGCUCAGGAUCACAUACUUAGAGCCAGAUCCAAAGGAUGAGAAAGAGAUCCAAUGGUGUGAAGAAGACUUGCCUGUCUCUGCUGGUAAGUUCAGGCUUGGGAAAAACGAGAACACAAAAGAUCGUUCCAUAUUCUCUCAUCUUAUGCAAUGCAGUGUAGUAAGCAACACUCGUCAUUUCUUCGUUUCACCAAGAAAAGGCGAGACUUGGGCUAUGUUCAAGAACUGGGAUAUCAAGUGGUCCUCAGAGCCUGAUUCUCACCGCAAAUACGAGUAUGAGUUUGUGGAGGUUCUGUCCGACUACGCUGAUGAUGGAGCUGUCUGUAUAAUGCCUGAGAUCUCCUUGGAUGGAAUUGAGUAUACGAUUCUCCCCAAAGUUGGUGAAGUUUGGGUGAUAUACAGAUACUGGAGUCGUUGCCAUGAUGUUGAGGAUUUGGAAAAAGGUUUGUAUGACAUUGUGGAGAUUCUUGAUGACACCUCUGACUUUGAGGUGUUACUGCUGGUGCAAGCAUGUGUUCAUGAUGACGAUGAUAACGAUAGGUUUUUCAAGGGAGCUACGGAGUAUGUCGACAACGAGGAUGAAGGGUCGGAGCCAAUAUUUACGAUUCCAAAGUCAGAGAGGAUCAGAUUCUCGAAUCCGCUUCCUGCUUCGCGUGUAACCAAGGAGAUUUCGGGAGAGUUAAACGAGUAUUUCAGAGUUGAAUUUCACGCGUUACCUAUAAACGUUAUACACAAUUGA